GCGACAUAUUGGCGCACUAUGAUUGGCUUUCGAAAUCGAAAAGCCAGAGAUUCAUGAGCGCCCUGUAUCGCUCCGAGAUGCCAAUGAUGUUCAACGAGCAAUUCUUGUCUUUCCUCGAGCAUCACGAACUUUGAUGAUGUCGCUCCACUCGAUUAUCAGCUCAUGGAGCGCGAGGGCACGCACACAGCUUAGCGUCUCACUUCCAGCCAACACCGGCACGCCAGGAGGGCGUCUAACAGAGGUCUUCAUCAGGAUGUGGGAUCUUGGCUUCACGGCGUUCGGUGGGCCACCUGUACAUUUCCAGAUUCUUCAUCGACGUUUCGUUGAAGGUUUGAAUUUUGGUGGGGGUAGCAAAUGGAUUGAUGAACAGACGUACCAAGAGAUCUUCGCCAUUUGCCAGGCUUUGCCCGGGCCAGCCUCUACUAAAAUGCUCUUCACGAUUGCAAUGAUACAUGCUGGCCUUGUCUCAGCCGUGUUUGCCUUCCUACUAUGGAGCUUACCAGGCGCCAUUGGGAUGUACGGUCUGUCUCUCGGCGUGCAAAGGAUGCCGGAUCAACUACCGCCAAUCGUGUACGCCUUAUUGAGUGGAAUGAACGCAAGUACAGUCGGCAUCAUCGGUCUGGCUGCUGUGCAGCUUGCGCAGAAAGCGAUCUCAGACCGUUUGACCAGAAUCCUGGUCAUCGCAGGAGCAUGCGCUGGCAUCUGCUAUAACGCUCUAUGGUAUUUUCCCGUCUUGAUGGCUGUGGGCGGCGUAGUUACCGUAGUUUGGGAUGUCUGGCUUGCGCAGAAGGUGGGCAAGAUCAAAGCUAAGUGGGAAAGCAAGAGGAGGAGAACCAGGAACGAAGCAGGAGAUGCUGAGGACACAAACGCUACGCAAGACAUUCAACCUGUUCAGGAGCUGGAAAUCCGGCAGCCGGAAGCUGCGAAAAGACGGGCACAUGCUGGUACUUCCACAGAGCGCAUCAUCCCAGGUAGAGGAGAAUCAGGCUUGAGCCGAGCCGACAGCCAGCGAAACACAGAACCUGAUACAAGGACGAUUCCUGCACCAGUAGCUGAUGUCAAAGCUCACAACAUCUCUAUCAAGCUCGGCGUCUCAUUGAUCGCAGGCUUUUUUGCAUCCUUUCUCGUAGUGAUGGUCAUACGUGGUACUGUUGCCAACCGGGCACUAAGUUUCGACCUCUUCUCCAACAUGUACCUGGCUGGCACGAUCAUCUUCGGAGGCGGACCUGUCGUAAUUCCUCUUCUGCGCUCAUACGUGGUAGAUCCAGGCUGGGUCUCACCACGAGACUUUCUUCUCGGCCUUGCCAUCAUUCAGGCGUUUCCCGGACCUAAUUUCAACUUCUCCGUAUAUCUUGGAGCGCUAGCCCUCACAUCAACCAGCACACCAACCAUUUUUGGGGGCCUACUUUCGUUCCUUGCGAUAUUCUUCCCUGGCUUGAUUCUGACUGUCGGCGUACAAUCGAUCUGGCAGGUCAUAAGAACCAAAGCAUGGGUGCUGAGUUUAUUGAGAGGAAUCAAUGCGACAGCAGUAGGGCUGGUUUUUACUGCAGUCUACCGACUUUGGGAGAUUGGCUACCUCACGCCGGAAAGCAGUGAUGGCACGAGUCUUGCUAGAGAGCCGUGGUGGGUUGUCGUUGCGACACUGACUUAUGCGGAGACCGCCUGGUUCGGUGUGCCGCCCGCUGCGGCCAUCAUAUUUGGAGCUGUCUUGGGUUUGGGAUGGUAUGGCGCAGUGGGGCAGUAAUUUGUCCUGGGC